AUGGUCAAAAUCAACUUCAAGGAUUUUAAAAAACAAGUUCUGGCUUUGGAGUUCGAACCAAGCGUCACGAUCGGUGCCGCGAAGCAGAAACUAGCCGAAAACAAAGACUGUGAAGAUUCACAGAUAAAACUCAUCUAUUCCGGGAAGAUUCUCCAGGAUGACCGGACCAUUGAGGAAUACAAGCUCAAAGACGGCGACCAAGUGAUCUUUAUGAUCUCCAAGAAGAAAUCCACGUCCACAAAAACCACGCUACCACCCAUAGAACACGGACAGACCGCUGCCAGCGUGCCACAGGCAUCUGACGCAGCUCAAGCCUCUGAGGCAGCUCAAACGUCCGUGCAAACAGCCAGCACGGGGCAAGAAUCCAUUGGCAGUGCAGGUGCGGGUGCGGGUGCUGUCGCUGAAACCUCGCGUGCGAAUGACACGGGAUUUGUGACCGGAUCUCAACGCAACGAGACCAUACAGCGGAUCAUGGAAAUGGGUUACGACCGCGAACAGGUAGACAGAGCCCUCCGGGCCGCUUUCAACAAUCCAGACAGGGCCGUUGAGUACCUUUUGAUGGGCAUCCCAGAACACUUGCAACAGCAACCCCAACCCCAGGCCCAACCUCAAUCUGAAUCGCAAACAGAGACAGGAGAACACAAUAUUGCAGAAGAGUCCCAAGAAGUAAACCAGGGAGCUUCUGCCCUGGAAUCUGCUCAAGAGCAGCAGCAACCCUCUGCAGACGACUUGUUCGCACAAGCAGCUGCCACAACCGGUGGUCCAGAGGCUGCUGAGAGCGAGCGUGCGCCUGGAACUAUCGGCCUCACAAUGGAAGACCUUAUGUCCCUCAGACAAGUCGUAACAGGGAACCCAGAAGCGCUUGCACCUCUACUGGAAAGCUUGAGCACCAGGUAUCCAGAACUUCGCGAACAAAUCAUGAGCAAUCCCGAGACGUUUAUCAGCAUGCUUUUAGAGGUCGUGGGUGGUUCUCUACAAGAAGGCGACAUGAAUCUGGAAGGCGCACUUGAGGGCGGUAUGGCCGGCGAGGGAGCCGAAGAAGGCCAAGCGCCCCCUAGCAUCGAAUUAACGCCCCAAGAUGAAGCUGCAAUUUUAAGGUUAUGUGAACUGGGGUUCGAAAGAACUCUAGCUGUUCAGGUUUACUUUGCAUGCGACAAAAACGAAGAGGUCGCCGCGAACAUGCUUUUCAGUGAGUACGCGGAUUGA